GACGGCCGGGGGCGCGGCGACGGCGGCGGCGGCGGGCCGGGCGGCGGGCGAGCGGGGGAAGAUGGCGGAGCUAGGGAAGAAGUACUGCGUGUACUGCCUGGCGGAGGUGAGCCCGCUGCGCUUCCGCUGCACCGAGUGCCAGGACAUCGAGCUGUGUCCCGAGUGCUUCUCGGCGGGUGCCGAGAUAGGCCACCACCGGCGCUACCACGGCUACCAGCUGGUGGACGGUGGGCGCUUCACGCUCUGGGGGCCCGAGGCGGAGGGCGGCUGGACUAGCCGCGAGGAGCAGCUGUUGCUGGACGCCAUCGAGCAGUUCGGCUUUGGCAACUGGGAGGACAUGGCCGCACAUGUCGGUGCUUCCCGGACUCCCCAGGAAGUGAUGGAGCACUACGUGAGCAUGUACAUCCAUGGGAACCUGGGCAAGGCCUGUAUCCCUGACACCAUCCCCAACCGGGUGACGGACCACACCUGCCCCAGCGGGGGCCCCCUCUCGCCCAGCCUCACCACCCCGUUGCCCCCGCUGGACAUCUCGGUGGCGGAGCAGCAGCAGCUGGGCUACAUGCCGCUGCGAGACGACUAUGAGAUUGAGUACGACCAGGAUGCCGAGACGCUCAUCAGCGGGCUGUCUGUGAACUAUGAUGACGAUGACGUGGAGAUCGAGCUCAAGCGGGCCCACGUGGACAUGUACGUGCGGAAGCUGAAGGAGAGGCAGCGGCGAAAGAACAUUGCCCGUGACUACAACCUGGUGCCCGCCUUCCUGGGGAAGGACAGGAAGGAGAAGGAGAAGACGCCCAAGCGCAAGAUCACCAAGGAGGAGAAGGAGCUGCGGCUGAAGCUGCGGCCGCUCUACCAGUUCAUGUCGUGCAAGGAGUUUGACGACUUGUUUGAGAACAUGCACAAAGAGAAAAUGCUCCGAGCCAAGAUCAGAGAGCUGCAGCGGUACCGGCGCAACGGCAUCACGAAGAUGGAAGAGUCGGCGGAGUACGAGGCCGCCAGGCAUAAGCGGGAGAGGAGGAAGGAGAACAAAAGCCUGGCCAGCUCCAAGAGGGGGAAGGAGGAUGGCAGAGACGGAGAGUUUGCAGCCAUCGAGAACCUUCCCGGGUUUGAGCUCUUGUCGGACCGGGAGAAGGUGCUCUGUAGCUCCUUGAGCUUGAGUCCUGCGCGCUACGUGACUGUGAAGACUAUUAUAAUCAAAGACCACCUCCAGAAACGACAAGGGAUCCCCUCCAAAAGCCGCCUUCCUAGUUAUCUGGACAAGGUCCUGAAGAAAAGGAUUUUAAAUUUCCUCACAGAAAGUGGGUGGAUAUCCAGGGACGCUUCCUGAGGCGGGAGGCUGAAGCUUGUGAGCCCCAUGACUUGGCGCCCCUCCCACAUGGUUGGUCUUUUAAACAAAUUGAGUUCCUUUUAUCAAGGCUUCAGUUCUGUUCACUCUGAAGGAAGCAAUAGUAACAAUCUUAAGUUGGUUCCCCAGGGAGACAAGGUACCUUCUGUUCAACUUCACCCUAAUGUAACCCUUUGAGAUGAGGCUUGUCUGUGUGUCCCCCCCAAGAUUCCCCAGGUUGGUGUCAGUCUGGGUCUCCCCUCUCAGCCCCGAACCCGAUUUCCUGAGUCCUUCUCCCUUCGGGUCAGAAGCUGUUGUGCUGUGGGAGCCAGGAGCUGUUCCUGCCAUCAGCUUUUCCCUGGUGACAUGAGCUCUACUCAGGUGGGCUGCUGUCCGCGCCCCUUCACCGAGCCCACUGCUGCCCCCAGCCGACACCCCGCGCAGCCCCAGCACGCUGCACUUUACCGGGAGGUGGGCUAUGCACAGAACCCUCUACUCUGGAGGCCAGAGAUGACCACCAGGCCCGCUCCCCACUGAGCCACUUAGGAGGAUGGGCCCCUCAUUUGCAACAGUGACCACACGAGCUUCUGGAACUCCUGACAGCGGCUGUUCCAGGCCCUCAACUGCGCUUGCCUCAUCUUAGUGCCACCCAGCGCACUGCCUUUGUGAAGAGCAGAGCCCUGGGCAGCCUCCCUUGGCACAUUCCUGACCCUGAGAUUGGGAAAGCAUUUAGUGGAGCUGCCUUUUGCUGCUUUGAAUCCCUGUGGAGCACCUGACCUGGAGGGCCCUUUCCAGCUCAAGGCUGAGUGCUCCAUGCUGAGCUCGGGUAUUAGCUCCUCAGGAUUUCCAUCACCACUGCAAGUACCCUUUUCACUAAGUAGGACAUGCUAGCUAGCCCAGCUAGGUGAACUGAAUAGGGUGUGGCUAGGCCCUACCAGCCGGGCAGAGUCACAGGACCAGCCGACAGGGGCCCUGGUGAGUGCAGCGCAUCCGGCCUGUGCCCCGGAGCCUUUGUGCUGCUGUUAUUCAUGGUCUUGAAACAGACUCAGAAACGGCUCGUCCCCAGCCUGAUGGAAAAGCUUGUUUCUGGGGCCUCCUUCAAGGACACAUGGUACCUUCUGAAGGAAGGCGCCUGUCUUCCGGCUGCUCAGGGUUCACAUGCCCAGACCCUGCUCUAGAGUCCUGGAGUGACCACAGCCCCAGCCCGUCCCUUCUGAGCUCACCCUGCCCCUGCCCCUGUGGUACAAGAGCCUGUUUACCUCGCAGAGCAUUUGGGCUCAGAAAUUAAAGUGAAGUUAUUUUGAAGAAAACAACUCAUUUCCAAGGACAACUUGACGUGCCUUUCCAUUUUACAUCCUCUGUCCCCUAGGGUUUUUCAGCAUUAAAUAACAUUUCAAAUAUACUAUAUAUGGCUUUAGUUAUCAAGUGCAUUGUGGGCUAGCAGGGAAGUGCCCUGUGAGCCAGGCCAACAGAAGAUGCUGAACCGUGUCACUGGACAGUGACGGGGUGUGGUGCUCAGUGCCUACUUGUUAAAAAUGUCAGUGGUUCUCAAAGUGGGGUUCCUGGGCACUUGUCAGGAAUACAGAGUCACACCCCUUGUAGCUCUCAAGGCAGAAUUUGGGGGUUCAGGAACAGGGGCUAGCAGGGUGUUUUUCAAGCUUUCAGGUGGCUGGGAUGCGAGCUCAAGUUGAGAACCGCUGGCUUUAAUUGUUCCAGUGUCUUCAACGCCAAAGUCCCAGCCUGGUGAGGUUUGAAGUGUCCGUGUCUUCUAUAAAAUGACAGCCAGGCUUGUGUUAGCUUGAGAAGCAGAGGAUCCUGUCGGCGUGUGUGGCCAUGGGCUGCCAACAAAAAGCUGUGCUUUAGCGGGUGUGUAGUGUGUAAAUCUUUCGAUGGUAUGAAUUUAUUUGGGCUUGACUGUUUUUAAAACACCAUAAUGAAUGUAUUAUUAAUUUAUGUUCAAGUAUUAAUAUUGUUACAAGGGAAAAGUAAUACUAGGAGUGGUUGCUCUCCCGUCUGCCUAGCUGUGUGUGUCCCAUUCCCCUUUCCUUCGUUAGCUCAGAGCUUGACAUGUUUGUAUUAUCAUGAUAAAUUAGCUACCACAAUCCCAUGGAAUGAGGUCUUUUCAAAUUGAAACAAACUGUCUUUGAGUAGAAAGUUAGGUAAUUCAUCAACUAUUUGAAAUAAUACUCUCUGGGAAGUCAACAUUCCGAGAAUGUAUUAAAAACCACAACUCUACCAUUUUUAUUAUCCUUUUACAUAUUAAAUAAGUUGAGAA